ACUCCACACUCGUUUGAAUUUCUUUCGUUUCGAUGAAGAUUAACAUUCUGCUAUCGGUGCUGUUGGGCGUCGUUUCCCAUGUUAUGGCGGUGUCUCUUACUUCGUCAUCAGUACACGUUUCGACUAGUACUCGAAUUUCAACUGUCUCAACCUCGUCGAAAGUAUCGUCGACCUCUUUGAAGGCAUCGUCAACCUCUGUAAUAUCUGCUACUUCCACAGCAAGCACAACACCGUACUGGCUGGAGACCAUCAAACACCAAGGAAUCUCCGCCUUCAACCAGAACAGCUCGUAUCAAGUAUUCCGGAAUGUCAAAGAUUUUGGAGCAAAGGGCGAUGGCGUUACGGACGAUACUGCAGCGAUUCAGAAUGCCAUGUCGGCAGGUGGGCGUUGCGCUCCCGGAACAUGUGCUGGAAGCACAACAACCCCAGCGAUUGUCUACUUUCCUGCUGGCACCUAUCUGAUCUCUACUGCCAUCAUCAAUUAUUAUUACACGCAAAUCAUCGGAGACCCGAACAAUCUUCCAGUACUCAAACCGACGCAGAAUUUCGCGGGCUUCGGGCUGAUAGAUGGAGAUCAGUAUGGUGGAAACGGCCUGAAGUUUGCAGCUACCAAUGUGUUCUACCGGCAAAUUCGAAAUCUUAUUUUUGAUCUCACUGGGAUUCCACCAAGCAAUGGGUUGACUGCUCUGCAUUGGCCUACUGCUCAAGCAACCAGUCUGCAGAACUGUGUUUUCAAGAUGAAUGACAGCCCAGGAACUCAGCAACAAGGAAUUUUCAUCGAGGACGGUUCGGGUGGUUUCAUGAGCGACCUCGUUUUUUAUGGCGGAAAGAAUGGAGUUGUGUUUGGCAAUCAGCAAUUCACUGUGCGCAAUCUGACUUUCUACAAUGCGGUCACAGCAAUUGACCACAUUUGGGAUUGGAGUUGGACCUAUCAGGGUCUCAGUGUGAACAAUUGCUCUGUUGGGAUUGAUAUGUCUGCAGGCGGAACCACUGGUCAGUCCACCGGUUCGGUUACUGUUAUUGACAGUACUUUCACAAACACUGGAAUCGCCAUUCUGACUGCUCAUAACUCCACAUCGCAGCCACCAACUGGUGGAAGUUUGAUCCUGGAGAAAGUCUCACUAGUAAACACGCCUAUUGCUGUUCAAGGACCGACAGGAAAAGUACUUGGUGGCGGUACCACCACCAUCGGAGGCUGGGGCCAAGGUCAUGAGUACACACCGAGUGGGCCUGUAAAUUUCGAGAAAGCUUUCACACCAUUCUCAAGACCUUCUUCUCUCACAGUCAGCAGCAAGUAUUACACCAGGUCCAAACCUCAGUACCAGUCUUUGCCAUUGUCAUCAUUUAUCAGUGUUCGCUCUGCAGGUGCGAAGGGAGAUGGAGUGACAGACGACACAGCGGCACUGAACGCAGUGUUGAAUUCGGCCGCUGGUAAAUCUGUCGUGUUUUUCGAUGCAGGUACUUACAAGGUCACCUCGACGCUCCUCAUCCCAGUAGGCUCAAAGAUCGUCGGCGAAUCGUACUCGGUAAUCAUGGGGUCUGGUACUUUCUUCUCCAAUAUCAACAGCCCACAACCAGUUGUGUCGGUGGGAACUACUGGUCAAUCUGGCAUCGUGGAAUGGUCUGAUAUGAUCGUAUCCACCCAAGGACCUACAGCUGGUGCGAUUCUUAUACAAUGGAAUCUCGUCUCGCCUGCGUCAACUCCUUCGGGUAUGUGGGAUGUACACACUCGUAUCGGUGGCUUUGCAGGGUCCAAUCUACAAUUGGCUCAGUGCCCGACGACUCCAAGCAGCUCAACCGUCAAUACCAAUUGCAUUGCUGCUUUCAUGAGCAUGUACAUCGUACCAUCAGCAUCUGGGCUCUACUUGGAAAAUGUCUGGCUUUGGACAGCAGACCAUGAUAUCGACGACCCAAACAAUACCCAGGUCACAAUCUAUACUGGCCGUGGUCUGUAUUGUGCUUCAACAAAAGGAACGAUUUGGAUGGUGGGAACAGCUGUCGAGCAUCAUGAUCUCUACCAAUAUCAAUUCGCAAAUACGAAGGAAGUAUUCGCAGGACUAAUCCAAACGGAAACUGCUUAUUGGCAACCCAAUCCCAAAGCUGGCGUGGUAACUCCUGUCGUAGCCGGUUGGAAUGAUCCCGAUUUUUCGACCAGUUGUCAUGGAGUGAAUGGAACUUUUGCAGCGUGUGCUAUGGGUUGGGGAAUGCGAGUCGUUGGAUCCGAAGAUAUACUGAUCUAUGGAGCUGGUCUUUAUAGCUUUUUCAACAAUUACAACGUUUCGUGUUCCAAUCCCGUCACACCGCCUGGAGGUAAUGGUGCAGCUUGUCAAACGAGAAUCUUCAGUAUUGAAGGAACGACUAGCAAGAACAUCAACAUGUAUGACUUGAACACGAUUGGAAGUAUCUCUAUGAUUACCAGAGAUGGCAACAGCCUUGCUCUUUAUCUUGAUAACGUUAAUGCGUAUCAAGAUACAAUCGCCUUGUUUAAGAGCGGCUGAUGCGGGAACCUUCUCAAGAGAUGAGAUGUGUCAUUGAUUAUGUUUGGAAGUCUAUCAUGAGAUAUGUACUGUUAUCAAUAUCCUGAUGAAUUGUCCCCAAUCAUUUUACUUUUGGUUCUGCAAAGAUCCUUGCUGGCCAAUUGUCUGUCCAUAGUUUCCUGAC